AUGAAACUGUUACAUGAGAGGUUUGGUAAUGAGCUGAAAAUUGCGACAUCUUUGAUGCAAAAGGCAUUCAAAUGGCCUGAAAUAAAGUCAGAGGACGGAAAGUCUUUAAGUGCUUACUCACUGUUUUUAGUGACUUGCCGCAAUGUUAUGGAAGACAUUGAUUACAUGGAUGAGCUAGACAAUCCUACCAACAUGAGGAUUAUCAUUUCAAAGCUGCCAUACAAAUUGCGUGAAAGAUGGAGGGCCCACGCUUAUGAGCAUGAGGAUCGCACAGGAAGGAGAGCCAGAUUCAUACAGUUGGUGGAAUUUGUUGACCGACAAGCAAAGGUAAUAUCAAAUCCACUCUUUGGAGAUCUGGACGUUUUGUCAGGUGAUAAGAAACACACUAAUAAGUCUUCUCAGGCAAUCAAACUGAAUAAGGAGGGCAAAAGAGGAAGUUCUGCCACUUUCUGCACUGAGUCGUUAGCAAGACGGUUAAAUGUUCAAGGCAGAAAAGUUGACAUGUUGUUAAACACCAUGAACUCAAAGAAACGAGUAGAAAGCUAUCUGCUCACUGACUUGGAGAUUAGUGGUCUGGAAGAAAACAACUUUGUUGAACUUUCAAAAGUGUUUACACAAAAGAGCAUUCCAGUGUCAAUGGAAAACAUCCCACAACAACAGGAUAUCGAAAAGUGGCCAUACCUCAGCGAAGUAAAGUUGCCUCAGAUUAAUGCUGAAAUUGAAAUCCUCAUAGGCAAUAAGGAGUACAAGCUUCUAGAGCCCUGGCAAGUAAUCAACAGUAAACACAAUGGGCCAUAUGCAGUAAAAACUGCUCUUGGAUGGAUUCUGAAUGGACCUCUCAGAGAACCUGUUGAGGAAAUCAUGUAUGACAAAAGGCAAACAAGUGCUUCAGUCAACAGAAUUUCCAUUGAAUGUAUGGAACAGAUGCUAAUACAACAGUAUAACCAAGAUUUCCCUGAACGGAAUUGUGAUGAUAAAGCUGAGUUGUCGCAAGAUGAUUAUCAGUUUUUGGACUCUGUUUCUAAUUCUAUGGAGUUUUCUAAUGGUCAUUAUUACAUUGGCCUUCCAUUUAAGAAAACAGUUGUUCAAAUGCCCAACAACCUAAGCGCAGCCAUCCAGCGUGCGUUAAAUCUUAAAAGGAAAUUCAAGAAAAACCGCUCUUUUCAUGAGGAGUAUUCAAAUUUCAUGAAUGACAUGUUCACCAAAGGUCAUGCAGUCAAGGUCACUACACCUCACCUGAGCCACCAAGAGGGUCAUGUGUGGUAUAUACCUCACCAUGGGGUAUACCAUCCGCAAAAGAAAAAGUUAAGAGUAGUUUUUGACUGUGCAGCCAGCUUUCAGGGAGUAUCAUUAAACAAUGAGCUCCUGCAAGGACCAGACAUGACGAAUUCUCUCAUUGGAGUGCUUGUACGUUUCAGGCAAGAAUCAGUGGCUAUGAUGGCAGAUGUUGAAGCCAUGUAUUAUCAAGUGAAACUUCCUGAAAAAGACACUGACUUUUUGCACUUUCUGUGGUGGCCGAAUGGAGAUGUGAAUCAGGACUUAGUGGAGUACAAAAUGCUGGUCCACCUAUUUGGUGCAAAAUCAUCUCCAAGUGUUGCUAACUAUGCCCUUAGAAAAACAGCAGAAGAAAAUCGCAGCAAUGCAUCAUCUGAAGCAGUCAACACGGUGCUUAAAAACUUCUAUGUAGAUGACUGCUUGAAGUCAGUUUCAAGUGAUGAGCAAGCCAUCGCCUUAUACAAAAAUCUCACAGAUCUUUGUGCUAGUGGAGGGUUUCACCUCACCAAAUGGGCAAGUAACAGUCGUGCUUUAUUGUCUUCUAUUCCUGAAAGUGAAAGAGCUAAAGAAGUAAGAGACUUAGAUUUAAGUCAGGAUGCACUUCCUGUCGAGAGAGCUCUAGGGUUGCUGUGGUGUGUUAAUUCAGACACGUUCAAGUUCAGAGUCAAUGUGAAGGAACAACCUGUCACCAGAAGAGGAAUCCUGUCAAUUGCAAGCUCAAUCUAUGACCCGCUGGGUUUUCUCUCACCCGUUAUAUUGCCAGCAAAGAUUUUGAUGCAGCAAUUGUGCAAAGAGAAGUUGACAUGGGAUGACAACAUUCCUGAACAGUUUGCAAAAAGAUGGAAAACUUGGUUACAAGACUUGCAUCAGUUGUCUGAAUUCAGUGUGGUCAGAUGCAUAAAACCAGCUGACUUUGGAGUUACAACUACAGCACAACUUCACCAUUUCUCCGAUGCAAGUGAGAUGGGAUAUGGAGUAGUCUCUUACCUUAAGUUGACAAAUGUAGAUGGACUCACACACUGCGCGUUCAUGAUGGGGAAGUCUCGUGUUGCACCACUGAAACAAAUCACUAUUCCACGCAUGGAAUUGACUGCGGCAGUGGUCGCUGUGAACAUCGACAAGAUGUUAAAAUAUGAACUGGAAAUGGAAUUACUGGACUCUGUAUUUUGGACUGACAGCACAACUGUUUUGAGGUAUAUUGAAAACGAAAAACUUCGUUUCAAAACCUUUGUUGCCAAUAGAAUUGCCAUCAUAAGAGAUUCAACCAAAUUACAACAGUGGAGGUAUAUCAGUACCUCACAGAAUCCAGCUGAUCCUGCAUCCAGGGGACUUUGUUGUGAAAAAUUCAUGAAAAGCACAAACUGGAUUGAAGGUCCCUCCUUUCUCAAAGAUUCAGAAAGUAACUGGCCUGAGAACAUUUGUGACCUGUCAGUAAGAGAUGAUGACAUUGAGGUUAAACACUCUGGCUCAGUUAAUCUGGUGAGUGCUACAGAAAGCACAGAUGCUGUAUGUAAACUGCUUAGUUAUUACUCUGACUGGUACAAGUUGAAAAGAGCUGUAGCCUGGAUUCUUCGGGUCAAAGACAUGCUUAUGCAAAAAACAAAAAAGGUUAAAGCAGACGAAUCUGAUCACAUAGCAGAUACUUGCAAGUCUCUAUCAACGCAGGACUUAUCAAGAGCAGAAAUUGAGAUCAUCAAAUUCAUUCAGGGUCGAGAAUUCAAGGAAGAACUGGUCACUUUGCAGAAAGUUCAUGGCAUCAAGUGGACUUGCAGCAAUGGGAAUAGCAGCACUGGCUUCUCGGCAGAGCAGCUCGUGCAGCAAAUUCUGGACAGCCACCAGACCAAACCACCUCCGCGGACGCACAACUGCCUCUGCACGGGCAACCUGGGUGCUGGAAGCAGCCUGCAUCACAAAUGCAACAGUGCCAAACACCGUAUCAUCUCCCCAAAAGUGGACCCACGUGCCGGAGGCGCCUACAGCAGCACCCACUCCGAAGUCCAAAACAACGAUGUUUCAGAAGGAAAGACGGAGCACAGCCACAGCUGCGGCAAAAACGGCCGAGCGGGAGGCGAUGGAGCUGCUGGAGCAGGAGGCAGAGAGAAAAGAAACGGCAAAGUGCACAAACCGGCCCUACUCCACCAGAACAGCAUGGAGGUGUCCUCGAGCAAUCAGGUGGAAGUGCCAGACACCACCCAGAGCUCACCUGUCUCCAUCAGCAGCGGUUUAAACUCUGACCCGGAUAUGGCAGACAGUCCUGUGGUGACUGGAAUGGGCCACGUAGCUUCAGUAAUGAGUAGCCUAUCUCAAUCUGCAACCGUAUUCAUGUCCGAGGUCUCUGGAGAUCCAGUCUAUAGCAUGUCGCCUACUGUAGACCCCAACGCUCACCUGUUGGGUCCCGACACCGCCUCCAGCAGCCUGGUAUUAGCAGUGACAGCCGAAAGCCACAAGUUUGCCUUUGCUAAUGCGGUAGGAUUAACGGAUCCAGCGUCUGCUGAUGGACUGGGUAUGUUGACAACAGCCGGUGUGUCCGAAGAACUGGUGCUGUCUAGUAACUUGGAAACCGGGAGUAUUAAGUUACCCGAAACCAAUAUGAACUUUGACCCUGACUGUUUUCUCAAUAACCCCAAACAAGGUCAAACCUACGGAGGAAACGGGAUGAAGACCGAGGAGAGCAAUGGGAGCAGCUGCAGUAACGGGAUGCGGUGUUCUCCACCACUCGGAGAUAACGGUUACAGCUUCAACGCAGCCCUGGUGAAAAACAUCAAGACGGAGGACACGUCAUUCGAACAGCAGCUGGCUAAAGAGAGCGGCUAUCAGGUUGGAGAUGUGGUAAGCGGUGCAAUCUCUGGUUCCUCAAGCAGCAAUUCUGCUCAAAACUCGCUAGCUUUGACUCCCACCGGUUCUCUGCUGCCGUCUGGAGGAGGCCUCAGUCCCAGCACCACACUGGAGCAGAUGGAUUUCAGUGCGAUUGACGCCAAGCAAGACUAUCCGGCUAGUGUUAUAGCAGCAGCGAGCUACAGCCAAACUCAUCUGGCCCACCAGAGUCACUCCCCCAGUUUCUUCCUGCAAGGUUCUCCUCAAUCCCAGAACCACCAGAACAACUCCAGCUCCACCCAGAACUCUCACGACUCCAAUGCCUACUUGGGAUUGUCAGUAGUCAAAACGGACUCGUCGGGAACCAACGGGGAUUUCCACCACCAUCACCAUACCCACCCAAACCAGCACACUGCCUCCAACUGCAACGGUGGAUCUCCAACUGAACGCAACAACGGACAGGCAGGUUCACUUCAGAUUCUACAGUACCAGAACCGCUUUGCAACUACAGGUCAGGAGCAUGAGGAGAUGAGCGGUUUGGAGCAGUCGACAGGAUCAGAACAAGAAGGAGGAGGCAUUCAGGAGAAAGAUUCGGAUGGUAGGAUGAAGCAAGGCGAUCACUUGCAGACUGGUGGAGAAGCUGAGGGUGUAGGAGGCGCUGAGCACUACCUCCAGCAGCCGACAGAGACUGGGGGAGUAGGAUCUGGAGGAACGAGCGCAAGGGAAUCUGGAAACCUGUGCAAUGACACCGAUAAUAGCACCUCUAAUAGUUCCCAUCAACAGCUCCUGCAGGGAGCCGGGUUGGUACCUGGACUUUUUAGCACCGUAGGCGCACAUCAAAGCUUGACCAGCAGUGGAACCAACGGAGGAGGCUCUAUGGAGAUCAACUUAGACCAUUUUGAUGUUUCAUUCGGGAAUCAGUUCUCAGACCUCAUCAAUGACUUCAUUUCGGUGGAGGGGGGAAGUGGUACAGGGGUAGUGCCAGGUAGCAAUGCUCUCUACAGCCAUCAGCUGAUGACCCAUUCAGGAACAGAGGGGCAGGUCUCCUCUGGGACUGCAGCUCAGCAGGGUGGAGAUGAAGGAGCUCAUGGGGCGAGAGGGUAUAAUUCGGCAGAGCUCUGCCUACAGCCCUGCUGCAGCCCGCAGUCUUCGCAAUCCGGGGCGGGUGAGGCGGGACAACUGGCGUACAUGCAGGUUGCUGAGGCUGUGUCGGCUGCUGUGGCUCAUGGGAACAUGGGAAUGUUACAGGCUACCGGGAGGUUAUUUGUGGUGACGGACUAUUCUCCAGAGUGGUCUUAUCCUGAGGGUGGAGUGAAGGUGCUGAUCACUGGUCCAUGGCAGGAGGCCAGCAGUGAAUAUACCUGCCUGUUUGACCAGAUAACAGUCCCAGCCUCUCUCAUCCAGCCCGGGGUGCUACGCUGUUACUGCCCAGCUCAUGACACAGGAUUGGUGACUCUGCAGGUGGCGGCCAGCAGUCAGAUCAUCUCCAACUCAGUGGUGUUUGAGUAUAAAGCCCGUGCCCUGCCUGCCCUGCCCUCCUCUCAGCACGACUGGCUCUCAUUGGACGAUAACCAGUUCAGAAUGUCCAUCCUGGAACGCCUAGAGCAGAUGGAGCGAAGGAUGGCAGAGAUGGCCGGUCAGCAGCAGCAACAGGGUGGAGGAGGAACAUCUGAGAGCGGAGGAACCACAGCAGGAGGAGAAGGAGGAAGAAGCAACUCUGAACAGGCACAGUUCUCACCAAUUCAGGGUCAGAGCCAGGGACAAGCUCCGGCUGGGAGCUCAUUUGAAAGCCGCGUGGUGGUAGUUUGUGAAAAGAUGAUGAACCGAGCCUGCUGGGCCAAAUCCAAACACCUGAUCCACUCAAAGACGUUCCGGGGCAUGACUCUUCUUCAUCUGGCAGCUGCCCAGGGCUACACCACCCUUAUCCAAACACUUAUCAAGUGGCGCACCAAGCAUGCAGACAGCAUUGACCUGGAACUUGAAGUUGACCCUCUAAACGUGGAUCAUUUCUCUUGCACACCACUGAUGUGGGCUUGUGCUUUGGGUCAUAUGGAGGCAGCAGUGGUCCUGUAUAAGUGGGAUCGGAGAGCUUUGGCCAUCCCAGAUUCUUUGGGUCGCUUACCAUUGGCUAUUGCCCGUUCCCGUGGCCACACCAAGCUGGCAGAGUGUCUGGAAAGCCUUCAAAGGGAGGAGCAGCAGUCAGGAGCACUGACUGCAACUCCAAGCAUGCCUUUCUCACCUUCUACCGAGGCCUCAGCUGCAGAGGGAUGGAUGAAUGUUUGGGGUGCAGAGACUACUUCAGUAGGGCUGAAAGAAAGCAACAUUGCUAGUUCUGCUUCCAGCUCAAGCUCAGAUUUAAGGCGACCCAGAUCGGAACCAUCCAGUUUCUAUAGCAGCGUUAAUCAUGGGGAUGCGCCGUUAAGCAAGAAACACAAACCCAACCCCGAAACCCUUCAAACUCGUCCCAGCAAAUCCUGCUCUGCCCCCCUUGGACUAGAAGAACAGUCCCACAAGUCUAAAACAUGCCCUUCCAAGCCGAGGGAUUCUGCUGUGGAGAAAGAAGGAGAUGGUGAACCGAAUAAGGUGGGCUUAACCUGUGGAGGUGGGCGCUGGGGUUCCAGACAGGCUGCAGGACGGAGAGGAUCAACUACAGGACUUGGCAAGGAAAGACUCGCGAAUAGACUGAGAUUAAGAGAAAUUGCUAGUGCGGGAACAAUCUCUGAUCUGAGGACAAGCCAGGAGGAUCUGGAAAACACAGGAGACCUGCAGAACAUGAACAUGAUGACUUUGGCUGAGGAAGUUAUUGAGGCGACAUCCGAUCGCAUCAAGAGGGAAAACUUUGUUGCGUCAGACACUUCUCUAGACGGUGUUGGAGUCAGCAGUACCAUGAGCUGGUUAGCCAGUUACCUUGGAGAUGCAGAGAGGUUCCUGUUUAACAAGCCUCUAACUUCCUCUCCUGGCCUGGGACCAGUCCAUGGUGGAGCACAGCCAGAACUUGACGGCCCUCUUGGGAAACUUGGCAUUCAGUCCCCCGCAGAAUGGACUGCGCUCCUCAAUGCCUCCCACAACAAGGAGGAGCGUGACUUGACCCAGCUGGCCCUGUCGGAUCCUGAACAGAGGGAACUUUAUGAGGCAGCUCGUCAGGUCCAGAACACCUUCCGCAAGUACAAGGGUCGGCCACUUCGGGAGCAGCAGGAACUGGCAGCUGCUGUCAUUCAGCGCUGUUAUAAGAGGUACAAACAGCUGACAUGGAUAGCCUUGAAGUAUGCACUUUAUAAGAAGAUGACGCUGGCCGCCAUCCUUAUCCAGAGUAAAUUCCGCAGCUACCACGAACAGAAGAAGUUCCAGCAAAGUCGCAGGGCAGCCGUGCUGAUCCAGCAAUAUUACCGCAGCUACAAAGAGCUUGGCCGGCCGAACCCACGCAGCCGAGCCACUGCAGCUGCACUGGUGCAGCACAAACUCAGAAGCAGUUUACUGACCAAGCGACAAGACCAGGCUGCCAGAAAAAUCAUGCGCUUUCUGCUGCGGUGCCGUCACAGCCCCUUGAUGGACCAUAGACUAUUCAAACGGGGCGAAAGAAUUGAAAAAGGCCAAGGAACAUGAGAACGCCGCAAAGAGCCCCGUCGCAAUGUAACAUCUCCGAGUAGACCCUUUCUCUUCCACUUCAACUGCGUUUUUACAAGAGACGAACAAUUUACAGGAAAAAAAAAAGGAAAAAUUAUUCAAGAAGCGGAGCAUGUCAUCGGACGUGCGGCGGUUGAACUCUAGCAGCGUUGUGACUGAUUCUGCAUUGUGUAUUUUCUCGCUACGGGGGAACUGAAACCAAGACUAUUGGGGAAAUAUGACAUUAUCUUCAUGGCAUUUUUGCACUCUUCAUAGAUUUUUUUUCUUUAGAUUAUAACAAAAAAAAAGGAAAAAAAACGAACGAAGACCAAGGAGCAGAGGCUUUUUAUUCUGACGACGCUUGUAAAAUAUCACGCGACAUGAACAGAUGGAAAUCAGAAAAACGUCAUGCUGGAAGCCGCUUCAGAUUACAUUUUUAUAUUUUGAAAGGAAAAACAGCAAUCAGUUUGGAACAAAAAAAAAGAACAAAACCUAAUGUAAAAUGUAAACCAAAAAAAGGCCUCAUUUCAGUGACCAUAUGCAUGCCGAGUAUUUAAAAUCAGUCUCUCAUUCUCCACAAAUCUUUGUUUUUGACAAAUGCUGUCCGUUCAUUCAAAGGGAAGCCUUCAUAUGAAUGUAGAUGGGGUCAGGGCAAAAAAAAAAUGCUGGGUUUGAAAUAUCAGUGUCUUACCUUUGUCUUUACGGGGGUUAUAGGGGACUUCUGACAACAUCUUGUGGGAUUGAAGCAAAGCCCUCUGGGUUACCUGUUUCGUGUGCACUGUUUUCGACUUUCUUAUGGGUCCUUUUCUUAAUGUCAUUUUUGCUGGCCUGACUUUGUGUGUCCCGUGUUUGUUGAAUUGAAUCUGGAUACAGUGCAUGUGUUUGAGCGAAAUGCUCCUGCAUGCUGACGUAAAUGUUUUGUGUUUUAUUUUCACUCAUUCAUUCAUAUUGGUGAUAUUGUGGCACCAUCAAACUAGCCUAGUCCUAUGUUGCCUGUUUGUUUCGGAGAAUAUUGUUAUAAAGACCAUUAUUUUUGUAUAGUUCUGUUAUUUAUUUUAGUAGCAUUACUGGGUUUUGCUUUCAGCAUUUUUUUUUUAUUGUGCGAAGGUUUUAAAUGAUCUUUCUGUUUUAAAAACGGACUUUUUUUAAUGUGAAUUGUGCCACAGCGCCAAGCGUAUAUUUGCAAAGGUUAUCUUCCAUUUUUGUGUGCGCGUAUGUGUGUGUGUGUGUUCGUUGUGAUACAUUUCUUCAUUGUUACUGUUCGUGAUUUCCAAGAGCUCCAGAAAGCCACCACAGGCUUUCCCAAGGAGAUUCACUGAACAUUGCCUUGACUUCUUGACUUUUUGAAGGGUCCCUAUACAGAAGCUUCAACGAAAAAGAAAAAAAAAUCCAUAUUUUUGACGAUUGAGUGGUCCCUGUAUAUAUAUCGAAGAUGGGUGAAGGAACAUUGAUAGCCAGAAACUUUUUCCGAAGAGGAUUGUAUUUAAGAAUAUAUAGUAUUUUAUUCAUAAAUUGGAUUAUAACACAUUAAGAGACGAACAAAAAAAAUAUAUUGUAUAGUUUUCUUUGAGCGCCCAAGAUGUACGGUUGUAUUGUUUGUAAAUACUGUAAAUAUCGGUUGCGAAGAUGGAGCCAUGUGCAUGAAACUUUAAGACAUUGAACAUAAUGUAAAGAUAAAAAUGUAGUGGCAACGGUCUGUAAUACGAGUCGAACAACUUCACUAUAAGACUUUGUUGGAAAUGUUCUUACGCAGAGCGUUCUCUGAAGCAUGACAUGAAUCAUGAUAAAACCGUAGAUUUAGCAGAAGAGCCAAACAAAUCCAUCAGACACAACUGGAUUAUUCUUAUUCUUAUUAUUUUUCAGGGUUAGAGAGAAUUCUUUUCUUUAAUUUUUCUUCUACAUAUGGUGACCAGUCAUAUGAAUACUACUAUAAGCUACUCCUUUGAGAAGAACGAGUCUAUUGAACGACAAACAUCACUCAUACACCCAACAGAGGAUGAAAUGUCUUCACAGGUUUUGUUGUCUUGUUAAAAAUGACUAGAAAUAUCCUCGCAUUUUAUCGUCUCCUCAGUAUUAAACAAUGGAGGUUCAAAGUAGGUCAUAUUAAACAUGAUGUUGACGUGAGGGUUGUGAUUGGUUAUUUCAAGCAGGCGAUUCCCAUACACGUGUUAUAAAAUAUCACAUUUAAAGAGGUUAAAAAAUAUCAUAUCGCUCAAAACAUACAUUUCGACUGUCAUCAGAAUCUACGACUGCCAUACGUUCAUAUUAGUCUUAUUCAUAGCUUUAUUUUCAUUUCCUGGGGGGCUGCUACUAACAUUCAAAACCCCAUAGUUGAGUCACGCACAAUCAUAUUGAUUUGUCCUCUUUUUGUUGCUCUUUUUACAGCACGUUCAUGAAUAUCUUUCACAAUUUCUCAGAAAGAAAUUCGAGACUAACCUUCCCCCUAAAUUUCCAAAGCGAUUUCAGCUGACAGGAGGCAUCAUUUUAACUUACACCAGCACAUUUUGCCUGUUAAGAUAUAAAAAAUGGACUAAGAAAGAAUGUGGUGCUGAAUAAUAUAUAGUUUUAUUUCUAUUCCCCACUCAGAGACUCAGUAUCAGUAUUAUUAUAGAAAGUGCCUAAAAUAUUCAACCAAUAUCAGGAGUGUGUGAUUCCUAAAGUCGACUGCUCUUUUUUUGAUGGUAUACAGCACUCAAACAAAUGGAGCCCAGGUUUGUUUUCUCCCCUUAAACUUAAACAUGAAGCUCCUGCCAUAUUGGUUUUGUCACCUAUUCAUUGACUUCAUUUUAAGUUAUGUCUCCAGUAUUGACUAAUGUUUUUGCACAUUAUGCAUGCAUGCUUUCAUUACUUCUUUCGUUUUGUGUUCUUUCCCAUGUCAUAUCUAAACUGGGCCAGGAAAGUAGGACAUGAAAGUUUGGCACAUUAUAUAAUCAUUUCAUCCGGAAACCAUUGCUAGAUUCAAGUCAGAGCACAACUCCUCAUAAAGGUGUCCACCUUUUCCACCCCAAUGCUAUUCUUCUGUCGUUAAACUUCAGGAAAUCAUCCGAACUCGCCAGGAAAACUGUUUAUGGAUCUCCAGGUAUAUGUAUCUCAGUAACUUUCUGUUUGGGUCAUUCGUACGGGAACAGAAGAACAAAUCUGCCUCCCUUAUGUAGUUUUUUACUCAGGGUGCUAAAACAGGGAGAGGGUGUUUCACACGGAGACUAGAUUAGGUUAGGUUUAAAGUCUCCAGGUUCAGCUCAGAAUCAACAGGAGAAACCACCGGGGGUGUGUACACUUCCAUUCGCUUCUUUACAAACCACAGCUUUCGGAGACAUGACUGUGACUCGGGUUACAGGAUAUUAUAGGCUAGACCGCGUGUGUUUAUAGAGUUUUUAAAACCAUUAUUUCCAAAUCUGAGCAGGUAUCAUCGUUCGUGCAGGUAUCAUCGCUCAUUUAGUAUUACCACAUCCCCGUGGGAUUGGGAAUGCAUGAUAAGUAUACCUCAGCGCCAAAUACCUUCAGAAAAAGGCGGGAGAUCCAGUCCUCUUAUGAAACAGCUCAGUAUGUGUGCAUCUUUUACGUCGACCGGAUCAUGCUUUCCGUAUUUUUGUGUCAGAGAAGAGAAAUAAUAUGCACUUUGUACAGCUCACCAUCCCAGUUGAAUUUCCUCUCCGAGUCCUGGUGUAUUUUAAACGCGCGCGUGCGUAUGUGUGUGCGUAUAAUUGUGCUAUAUCUCGACGUAUGAACACAGAUGAGCACGCGUGGAGGUUUUAGCUGAGUGAGGGGAAAACACUAGUAUUUGGUGCAGUUGGAAGCUUGUACGAUGUCCUACAAAAUCCUCUGUUUGGAACUCCGGAAAUGCAGGUUUUAGGCUUAAACUGAACCGCAAAAACCACCCGAUUAUAAGCUUUUCACUUACAAGUACAGAGCAAUAAACACUUUGUUUUUAGCUGAGCUCUUUAGGUUGAAAGAAUACGGAUAUGUCAAACAUAAAAAAAUAAAGAAAAAUAGAAAAAAAGACAUUGGGACAUGCUUAGUUCACUUCCUCUUAUGCAAUUACAGGUACACAGAGAGAGGUGUUCAGUGGUCUGUGGACAUUGAUUUCAUAUUUCCCAGCCCUAAUGCACGUUUUCAUCAUUUUAAAAUGAAGAUAAGAAAAAAAAAAAGAUAAAAUAUGAGCCCAUAUUUCUUACAGGGCAGCGGGCUUUCAACACUCUGCAUGUGAAGCUAGUAUUAGACCUCUGUUUUUCCUCUCUCUCUCUCUCUCUCUCUCUCUCUCUCUCUCUCUCUCUCUCUCUCUCCUUCAUUCCUGCUUGUGCUCCUCGUAUUCUCCUCCUCCUCCUCUUCUCCUCCUCUGAUGAGUUUUGCCUCAUGUUGUUUUCUCAGCCGUCUCCCUCUUUCUGUCCUUCUUGUGAGUUUUUGGUUUUAUUUCAUUUGGUUUAUUUUUGUUGCAGUUUUGUAACUGUGCAUGUGAGAGCAUCACUGAAUUGUUGGAUAUGUUUAAAAAAAAAAAUAAUAAAAAAUAAAUAUUCAGCUGCUGAAGCCAUGCAAAACAUUUUGAAUUGCCCUUAAAAUAUGGGAAAUGUUUUCUGAAUGCUUUAUAUAAUUUCUGCUGUAAAAUAAAAUCUUAAAAGA